UGGACCCCGCGUGGCGCGGAAACCUGCGGACCGCCCGCGGCCCCGAGGCUCCCGGACGGCAGGCGCUGCCCCGCCCCAUGGACGUCUCUAGCUCUUGGAACCCAGCCCCGGCCUCUGUCAGCAGCCCUCCCUUGCUGCUUCCCAUCCCUGCCAUUGUCUUCAUCGCUGUGGGCAUCUACUUACUGCUCCUGGGCCUGGUGCUGCUGACCAGGCACUGCCUGCUGGCCCAGGGUUGCUGCACCGACUGCAGCUUCAACUGCAAGAAGCAAGGUGCCUCUGAACCCCAGGAUUGCUGCUGGACCUGUGCAGAAGCCUGCGACUUCCCUCUCCCCAGUCCAGCCCAUUACUUGGAUGCCUGCUGCCCCCAGCCCAGUGAAACUGGUUGGGCUCCUCAGUGCCCUCACUGUUGCCCGCUUUGCGACUGUGCCUGUGCUUGCCAGCUCCCCGACUGCCAGAGCCUCAACUGUCUCUGCUUUGAGAUCAAGCUCCGAUGAGGACCCAGGACCCCUGGUCUUUGGGGAGUGGUCAGCCCCCAGGAUCCACAUGCCCCCUUUCCUGAGGGCCAUCAGGACAUUUCUCUCCAGGCUUCUGGAACUACCAAUGGCUUCCCCAGCUCUCCAGGCUGGGAAUCGGCAGUGGAAAGCCUGGCCCCUGGAAACCCAUGGGUGGCUAGCCUGCAGCUCCUUUGGAGGGCUAGAAGGGAAAGGAACUAGUUCUCUGGCCUGUGCCCCUGACCCCCCUUCCCUCUCCAAGUAAAUGAUUACAGGUGUGGGUGAGGGCCAGGACACUUCUGACCACGACAGCAUUAUGGGAGGACCCCGAG